AUGUCGACUGUCGGCUAUUUCGGUGCGGGGCUUUGCCUCGUUGGUGUGUUUUCGGCACUUUUCUCGAUUGGGCAUAUUGUUCAAGACAUCAACAAUUUGAGAAAUGAAGUUGAAGGACGUGUUGAUUCAUUCAAGAUUCUUGCUGAUGAUACAUGGGAUCGUUUGUUGAUUCUUCAAUCACCAACUGGUGAAUCUGCCAACAGAAUGCUCUCAACUUUCCGUCAAAAACGUUACGUCUACCCAGGAAUGUGCAACUGUGACAAUAACUCACAAGGUUGUCCAGCUGGACCAGCCGGACCACCAGGACUUCCAGGAAAGAGAGGAGAUGAAGGGCGACCAGGAGAUAUUGGAAGACAAGGAGCCAGCGGAAUCUCACUCGCUGUUACUCACGAUAUUCCAGGAGGGUGUAUCACUUGCCCAGAAGGACCAGCUGGACCACCGGGACCACUUGGAGAGCCAGGUCGUCAAGGAUUCCAAGGAGUUCAAGGGCCACCAGGACCAUCAGGUGAAGAUGGAACUCCAGGCCCACAAGGAUCGCUUGGAGAUAAGGGAGCACAAGGACCAAAGGGUUAUGAUGGAUCUGACGGACCAGACGGACAACCAGGCACCACAUACUUCCCAGGAGCUGUUGGACAACCAGGAGAACCAGGAUGGAUCGGAGAGCAAGGUCUUCCAGGACAUCACGGAGAACCAGGACGUGAUGGAGAACAAGGACCACAAGGGCCACAAGGAACUCCAGGAAACCCAGGACACGAUGCUUAUCCAGGACCACCAGGAACACACGGAAAGAACGGAGCUCCAGGAAAAGACGCCAACUAUUGUCCAUGCCCACAACGUCAAGAAGAGGGAACCACACGUUCCCCACCACCACCACCUCAAACUCGCGCCACUCAACCACCACCAACUCGUGGAACUCAAGCCCCACCAACUCGCGCCACUCCACCACCCCCAGCACCAACAACUCGUGCUCCACAACCACCACAACCAUCGGUCACCAGCCCACCAGAUACCGGAUAUCCAACACCUUCUGAGCCAAGCUAUCCAUCUCCAAGCUAUCCAUCCCCACCAGUUUAUCCAACUGAUGUUCCAUCAAUUCCAUCUCCACCACCAACUCCAACUGGACAAGGAUACGAAGCUCCAUCUCCACCACAAAACGGACAUUAUAGAAACCGUUAUUAA